AUGGACGAGCACCUGAGUCUUCUGCGCUCGCCGGCCGCCCCGUCUUCCUGCAAGCAUUCGAGGGGCGGCAGCAGCAACAGCAGCGUCGGCGGCGUCGUGGGAAGCAGCCACCAUAACUUGGGCUACAGCGAACAGCUCUUCCCCGAAGGCGCGCUUUCCGCCCCUGAGGAAGGGCAGGAAGAAGAGGAGGGCGACGCCGGGGACGAGGAGGAGGAGGAAGAAGAAGACGACGAGGAGGAGGACGGGAAGUUGGAGGGUGGCAUGACUGUAGUGGGUGGAGAGGACCCCCUUAUCGAUGAAAACCAACAUCCCCAUGCCCUGCUGGGAGGGGAGCGUUAUGACCACCCUCUCGGCCAUUCCCUGCCUCCCCACAGUCAUCACCAAGUGGGCACCGGUGGAGAGGAGCAUGAGUGUUGUGAGAGGGUCGUGAUCAACAUCUCAGGUCUCCGCUUUGAGACCCAGCUCAAGACACUGGCCCAGUUCCCGGAGACCCUGCUGGGUGAUCCCCGCAAGAGGAUGCGCUACUUCGACCCUCUUCGCAACGAGUACUUUUUUGACCGCAAUCGGCCCAGCUUUGAUGCCAUCCUUUACUAUUACCAAUCUGGAGGCCGCAUCCGCCGCCCUGUUAAUGUGCCCAUUGACAUCUUUUCAGAAGAAAUCCGUUUCUAUCAGUUAGGCGAAGAGGCAAUGGAAAAAUUUAGAGAAGAUGAAGGUUUCAUCCGUGAAGAGCAGAGACCUCUGCCUGAGAAGGAGUUUCAGCGCCAGGUGUGGCUCCUUUUUGAGUACCCAGAGAGUUCCGGACCAGCUCGGGGCAUUGCUAUUGUAUCUGUUUUAGUCAUCCUCAUCUCCAUUGUCAUAUUUUGUCUAGAAACCUUACCUGAGUUCAGAGAUGACCGUGACUAUGAUAGUACUGCAGGAACAUUUGGGACUGGGAGUAGUUCUUUUGUGACUGAUGUUUUCACCAAUACUUCUUCCCCAGCUACAUCUAUAGUGUCAUCCUUCACUGACCCUUUUUUUGUGGUGGAGACACUGUGCAUUAUCUGGUUCUCCUUUGAGCUGCUUGUCCGCUUCUUUGCUUGUCCCAGCAAGCCCACCUUCUCCAAGAACAUUAUGAACAUCAUUGACAUUGUGGCCAUUAUACCUUACUUCAUCACCUUGGGCACUGAACUGGCCGAGAGGCAGGGGAAUGGUCAACAAGCAAUGUCUCUGGCUAUUCUCAGAGUCAUCCGGCUAGUUAGAGUCUUCCGUAUCUUCAAGCUCUCUCGGCACUCCAAAGGGCUGCAGAUUUUGGGGCAAACUCUGAAGGCCAGUAUGAGGGAACUGGGCUUGCUCAUUUUUUUCCUUUUCAUCGGUGUUAUCCUCUUUUCUAGUGCCGUCUAUUUUGCAGAAGCUGAUGAUCCCACUUCAAGUUUCAGCAGUAUCCCUGAUGCCUUUUGGUGGGCUGUGGUAACCAUGACCACUGUGGGUUAUGGGGACAUGCAUCCCGUCACUAUUGGAGGCAAAAUAGUAGGAUCUCUCUGUGCCAUCGCCGGUGUGCUGACUAUUGCCUUGCCUGUUCCAGUCAUUGUCUCCAACUUCAACUACUUUUACCACCGGGAAACAGAAGGGGAAGAACAAGCUCAGUACAUGCACGUAGGAAGCUGCCAGCACCUCUCCUCCACCGAGGAGCUGAAGAAAGCUCGUAGUAACUCCACUCUCAGCAAGUCAGAGUAUAUGGUGAUAGAAGAGGGAGGCAUCAGCAACAGUGCAUUCAAACAGGCUGCUUUUAAAGCAAACAACUGCUCUGGCACAAACAAUCCCAACUGCGUGACUAUUAAAAAAAUCUUUACGGAUGUUUAA